GAUGUCUCACAGUGUAGAGCCCUCGAUACAAAGAUCGUGCAGUGCGUAAAAUGUGACGCGGGAAAACAUACACAAACUCUUAAAGUUAUAGAACUCUUGAAAUGUGCCGAGUGAAAUUAAAUGUUUUACAUUUUGUGAAGUGAAUAAUAAAUGAAUUUGAUAAAAUGAGAUUUAACAACUGCACCGCAUAUAUGUGGUGCUGUUGUAGUUACUGGCUGCUAAUUCAAGUACAGAGUCUUCUGGGAGAAAAGUUUACAUUGGGAUACAUAACCGGGUCUCAGCGCCGACCUGGAGAUAUGAACUACCCAAGACCAGGACGUGUUAUAUCAGGUGCAAUACCAAUGGCAGUCGAAGAGAUAAAUGAAAAGUUGCUCGGGCCAAUGGGACAUUCGCUAGACUUUGUUGUGGCUGAAACAUACGGACAGGAAGAAGUAUCUAUUCGUCAGGUUGCAGCUUUAUGGGCUGCGAAUGUGUCAGCGUUCAUCGGGCCCCAGGAGACCUGCGUUCACGAGGGUCGGAUGGCUGCGGCCUUCAACCUCCCCAUGAUAAGUUACUACUGCCGGGAUGUGGCGAGCUCCAACAAGCGUGUGUACGCGACGUUCGCACGCACUCGUCCGUCGGACAUCGACAUAUCCCGUUCGGUGGUCGCAGUGCUCACACAUUUCAAUUUCAUGCAUAUAACUGUAGUAUACCUGAAAGCCCCGAACCACGACUUUUCCCGGCUGGCGUAUGCCAUAAUAACUGCAGCGAACGAGAAGAAAAUAUCCAUACGGACAGUACAAGUAUAUCGGCAACCUUAUUACUAUGAGAACAGGCGGGAAAACUUCACACGUAACCCCUUUCUGGACAUCGUAAGGGAUACUUACAAGGAUACUAGAAUCUACGUGUCUGUUGGCUAUUACCACGAUCAUAUUGGACUUAUGCUUGCGUUGGACAGCCUAAAGCUAUUGGAUUCAGGUGAAUACGCAGCAAUCGGCGUUGACGUUGAGAAGUACGAAUCCGAAGAAGCGAUUCGGUACCUGGCAGGUCCCUUACUUAGGGAACCCAGCCCUCGAACAAUUAGAGCGUUUCGUUCAUAUCUCGCAGUGGCCCCCUCCCCCGCGCCCUCGUACCCCGCGUUCGCCAUGGAAGUCAACACGCGACUACAAGAGCCUCCGUUCAAUUUCACUAACCCCCUGCUAGCCCUCGGCGGGGGCAAAGUGAUACCGGUAGAGGCAGCGUGGCUCCACGACGCUGUCUGGGUGUACGCUAGAGCUCUGGUCGCGGCCCUGCGCACAGGAGAAGGCCCACGGGAUGGAAGGGCCAUAGCUGCUCACAUGAGGAACACCACAUAUCGCAGUGUCAUGGGGUAUGUAGUCCACAUGGACGAGAAUGGCGAUGCUGAAGGAAACUACACUCUGCUGUCGGUGGAUGCAACGCGUCCCCCAGGACUCUACCCACUCGGAGUCUUACAUAAGACCGCUCCCGAGCUAAGACUUCUCCGAGAGGUAAAAUGGCCGGGUGGUCGUGUACCACUAUCGGAACCACCAUGCGGUUUUCGCGGAGAAAAAUGCGUCAGUCACAUUGGAGCUUGGGCUUUGGGAGCCUCCGGUGGCACUCUUGCACUGCUAGCCCUGGCCGCAUUAGCCCUGUACCGAGGUUGGCGCUAUGAACAAGAGCUGGACUCUUUGCUGUGGAAGAUAGACUUCAGGGAUCUUCACCUCCCUGAUGAAGAACAUCGCGCCAACAAAAUGAGUAGAUAGUACGGGCGUGAACACGACCUCUACUAACGUGGCCUGCGCUGAAAAAGGCAGCAUCGGAGGUGCGAGGUCCAGCCAGGUGUCUCUCAGCUCAAACCC